UAUUGGAAGCGCGCGAUUUGUUUUGUGGGAAAUAAAAAAUGGCCGGAAUGUAAUUUUCACAAAUUUUAAAGUGUAUCUGUACGAUUAUGGAGAAAAAGCAAAUAAAAGAACGAUAUAAAGGAAUCAUCUGUUCAGCUGGAUACCAAGAGAAUGAUCGUUGGAGCCAAGUUAAGCAGUCGAGUGUGGAUAACUUAGCGCCAUCAUGGAAAGAUGGCAGAUUGCACAUUGCUCAGUCCCAUACAGACUCUUUUUUGCUGGUUGUGGAGUACAGGAAUGGAAUCCAGAAAGCGUUCCCGUUGAACGUGAAGAGUAGAACAUAUACACCCAGCAACAAGACUCGAGCAAUGAUUUUGCUCAAGGAUGGCACAGCAGUUCACAUCAAUAAGGCCCCUGCUCCUAGUCUUGAAAGGAUGAUUGAUGCUAUCGAUGCUUUAGGCAAAAAAGGCAAGACUACAGGAAUUAGUUCUCACUUGAACAGUAAACCUCAGGUAAACAAGACAUCGCCCCCUUGGCUUAAGGAAGUUAUAUCACCUCAGAAGCCCAAACCUUCACGAGAACAAUCAUUGACACCGGGUCGGAGUCGGACGGGUGAUCGGGAGGAAUUCACGGGGGUGAAAACCCCAACUUUUCAUCAGAAGUCAUAUUCUCCAUGGAAAUCCAUCAAACGCAAGACCCCUGAUGAUGAAGUUCUUGAAGUCGGUGACGGUGAAGACACAGAGAAUCUAGGAGCAUCAAUGCUUUUCUCUGAUCAGACAGAUAAGGAGAACAGAUACACACCUACGCCUUGCAGAGGACAAGGGCAGAGUGUGCUGCAGAAGAGAAUGAAAUCCGGUGGCUCCAUAUUCCUAGAAUCAUUUGAGGAGAAGCAAAAAGGAAUGAGUGAAAACAAGAAGAAAGGUCCAAAUUCAGCUAUAGCUGUUUCUCAUAAUUUCUAUUCCCGAGGCAGACAAAUGUCAAAUUAUGGAACAAGUGAUCUCUUCUCACGAACUCCAUCUCUAAGCAGUAGUUCACAGUCUGAAGAACCGGGCAAGAAGACAACUCCCGGGUUUCUCGUCUCAAGGUCCAACAAUGUACCAAGGUCAAAGUUCAACUUCAAGACCUGGAACAAACCAAGUGGGAUGGAGUCAUCUCAGAGAAACCUGCAAGGAUUUUCUAACCUUGGUAACACCUGUUACAUGAAUGCCAUCCUGCAGUCGUUACUGGGUUUACAAUGCUUCAUCCAAGAUCUUCAGCAUCUACCUCUCAUCAAAGUCUUGCCUAAAUCUAGCCUCUAUAGGGCCCUGUCUCGGCUGCUCUACUCAAAGCAAGGCAACAAAGGAAGCGCUGAGAUUGAGUUACGCCUCCAGAGUGUCAAGGCUGCAAUAUCGGCAACUGCCACAAGAUUCUCAGGUUUCAUGCAACAUGAUGCCCAUGAGUUCCUCUGCCAGUGCCUAGAUCAGCUCAAAGAAGAUGUGGAAAAAGUAAACAAUCCGAAGACGGACAAAGACAUUCAAGAGGCCGUGUCCCCUCCCAGCCAAGUGGUACCUUCCAAUCAGUCAGAGGACAAACCCAAGUUUGCAUGUGCUGUCAGUCAGAACUUUGAACUGGAAGUGGAACAUUCCAUUCUGUGUCAGGAGUGUGGAGAGGAAAUAAGCAAGAAGGAGACUUUCAAUGAUCUCUCACUGGACCUUCCAAGGACAUGUGAGCCCUUUUCAUUGCAGACGGCUCUCGAUAGCUUCUGUGCAUCCGAGAAACUAGAAUACGCCUGUGCGAAAUGUGACUGGAAAGAAGCUAAGGUGUGCCACAAAUUCACCAAACUUCCCAGAGUUCUUAUCCUCCAUCUGAAACGUUACACCUACGACUCGGAUGCAUCUUCAGACAGCAAGCUAAGGUCAAGUGUUGUCAUACCACGCUUCCUAACAUUGGCCUUUCAUACCACAAGGAAUACUGCCCCACCGCCAGCAAGAUCAAACCACACACAAGCUUAUCAUGUGUUGGUCUUCUUGAACAGAAAUAGGAUAGCCAAACAGAUUGUGCGCAAGGGCAAAGAAGGGCACACUUUUUUAUCUGGCUUCAAGUUCAACCGGGGACGUUUGGCAUCGGAUUCUGCUAAGAAAGGAUCUGAACACUUCAUCAGUCGCUUUGAAACAGAUAUACAAGAUAGUAGUAAAUCUGAUAAAUCUAACAAUGAAAACUUCAUAGAGAUGGAUGAGGAAGAACAGCUUGCACGUGCCUUGGAGCUGAGUCGCCAGGAAGCAGAGGCAAGUCUUAAAAGGAAGCCUGAUGAGGUUGCUGUAGAUGAGUUUACGGAUGAAGAAUUGGCAAAGGCUCUUAACGAUUCCAUGGAGGCCGAAGAGAGGAGAGAAAAGUCCAAGGAGGAGGAACAAGAUAGUGAUGAUGAUCUUCCAGUUGGUUUGAUUGAGGAUCCAGAACUAAGUGACAUGGAGAGAGUGCUCUAUCUUAGCAAGAAAUCUCAUCAAGAAGAGCAUGGAUUGAACGAGGAUGCAGGACUUACUGACCUCGAGAGGGCGCUCCACUUGAGCAAGAGAACUCAUGAGGAAGAGCUCAAGAGGCAAGGUGCUUUCAACGGAGAAGGGCCUCUAGGAACCCUUACGAACGGUGGCCUUCUCGGAGGUGCUAGGAGAAAGUUUGCUGGAAAAUCCACUACUUGGGGUUCUGAAAAGUGCAAUUGGAUGGGAAAUGAAGGCUAUUCUUGCAAGAGAGAGGGUGGGAAAUAUGCAGGAAGGGCUCCUGGUAAGGAGGAUGGAGAUUUGGUCCAAGAAGGCAAUGGGUUGCUUGGUGGAGCCAAAAGAUAUCAACAGCAACGCUCAGUGUUUGCUAAGGAUGAGCCAAUGGACACUGAGGAUGACCAACCCAUUGCGUUUUCCUUAGACAGUACUUCCGAUGAGGACCCAACUCAACCUAGCAUGUGGGACUCAGACACCAAUCAAAUUGCACAGAAAUUAAAAGAGCUAUCCCGUCUACAUGCAUCUCAUAUCUUGCCACCUAGGGAAAGCAGUCCUGACAUUGUAAACCUGGUAUCUUCUGAUGAUGACAUCCUUCAUCAUCCAGGCAAGGUCAGUGGCAAGAGCACUGACGAUGUCGAUUCAUCGAAGACACCAAACAAGGUCAGUGCCACUAGUGUCGAUGAUAGCAAUUUAUCAAAGACACCUGACCACAGAACUGAAGGUCUCGUCAAUACCAGUAGCCAUCACCAAACUUCAUCUUGCAGCAAACCCAGAAGCAUUCUGAAUUCUCCAUCGACAAAUGUUCCAAACAGUGAGACCAAAUUCAAUCGCAAUGGUAAAUCUCUUGAGGGAAAUAGGGCUGACCUGUGGAAACCGUACAAUAAUUUGAAAAAGAACAUCUUCCAGCAAUUUCCCUCUUCUGAUGAGACCAGGGCAGACGAGGAAAAGAAAGAUGAUGAUGAUGAUGGUGGUGAUGGUAUCCUUGGAGAGGUAAAAGAAGAAAGGAAGCUUAGCUAUGAUGAGAUGAAAGCCAAGGAGGAAGAAGAUAUAAGGAAAGCUACAGAACUCAGCAUGCAAGAGGUAAAGGAUAUUUCUGAGAGAGAAGCAGCUGAGAUAUUGAGAGCACAAGAAAUGAGUCUCCAGGAUCUGCAUGAAAGACAAGGUAUGACCCCAAACAAAACCCAAGACAGAGAUGAUUCUAAACCAUCAUCACCAGUCUAUUCCAAGGAAGAAACAGAAAUGCUCUCUAAACAUUCUGAGCUUGGUCAUCUGAACAAUGCCUAUCGUCUUGUCUCCAUCGUGAGCCAUAUCGGGAGUACAUCAAUGACUGGACACUAUAUCAGCGAUGUCUACGAUGUUGAGAAGAAAUGCUGGCUAAGUUACGACGAUUCAACGGUGAUGAAGAGAGAUGAGAGAAGCCUACGCGAGGAGAGGAGGAGAACGGGAUACAUCUUUUUUUACCAUGCUAAAGAGUUCCUUUGAAGAGGCAUUUAAC